AGUUUUAGUUUUGAUUGCUGUGACAACCGAUAUCUGAGCCAAAGUGGCGAUGCUGCUUGUAGGAAAUUUCGGCACCUCAUAAGUCAGCACUUACACGAUUGCGCGCCAUGCCCUUAGUGAAGAGGAAUAUCGAGCCACGGCACCUGUGCCGGGGUGCCCUGCCCGAAGGCAUUACCAGUGAACUUGAAUGUGUGACCAACAGUACCCUCGCCGCUAUCAUACGCCAGCUGAGCAGUCUGAGCAAACAUGCCGAAGACAUAUUUGGUGAGUUGUUUAAUGAGGCUAACAACUUCUACAUCAGAGCAAAUUCUCUUCAAGACAGAAUUGAUCGCCUUGCUGUCAAAGUUACCCAGCUGGAUUCUACAGUGGAAGAGGUGUCACUGCAGGAUAUCAACAUGAAAAAAGCUUUCAAAAGUUCCACAGUCCAGGACCAGCAGGUGGUUUCAAAGAACAGCAUCCCUAACCCCGUGGCCGACAUCUACAACCAGAGUGACAAGCCACCUCCUCUGAACAUCCUCACGCCGUACAGAGAUGAUAAAAAGGACGGGCUGAAGUUCUAUACUGACCCUUCGUAUUUCUUUGACCUCUGGAAAGAAAAAAUGCUCCAGGACACAGAAGACAAGAGGAAAGAAAAAAGGCGUCAGAAGGAGCAAAAGCGCAUAGAUGGCACCACCCGAGAGGUGAAAAAGGUUAGAAAAGCCAGGAACAGGCGCCUGGAGUGGAACAUGAUGGCCUAUGACAAAGAGCUUAGACCCGACAACAGGUUGUCCCAGAGUGUGUACCACGGAGCGUCUUCCGAGGGAUCACUGUCCCCGGACACUAGGUCUCACGCCUCGGAUGUCACCGACUACUCGUACCCGGCCACGCCCAACCACUCUCUGCACCCGCAGCCCGUCACCCCAUCGUACGCAGGGGGCGAGGCACAGCCCCACGGGCCGGCGACCCAGGCCUCCGAGCACGAGUGCCGGCCGAUGCUCCCAGCCCAGAUCAUGGAGUAUUACAGCCCCUCAGGACCUCCCCCUCCCCCGCCACCUCCCGUGAUCCCCUCAGCACAAACCGCUUUCCUCUCAUCCUCCCCCAUGCACGGCCCCCCGGUAGCCGAGGCGAAGCGACAAGAGACAGCACAGCCCCCCAUAAGCGAUGCUCGAAGCGAUCUUCUUGCUGCCAUUCGAAUGGGGAUCCAGCUGAAGAAGGUGCAGGAGCAGCGGGAGCAGGCGGCGAAGCACGAGCCGGCGGGGGACGACGUGGCCACCAUCCUGUCGCGGCGCAUCGCCGUGGAGUACAGCGACUCCGACGACGACUCGGAGCUCGAGGACAACGACUGGUCCGACUGAGGCGGCGGAGGGCGCGGCCGGGCAACGCUCCGUGGUCUCGACGCCCGGCUCGUGGUACCCUAAUCCCGUAGCUUAGCAACUUUUAUACUAAUGAUGUGUUCUUGCUUUUGCACAUCCAAAAAUCCUGGGUUUUUUCAGUAUUUACUGUGUAAUACUUAAGUGCCACUACCCGUAGCUGCCCACGGGCAAACACGCCCAGCGACCCGCAGCUCGUCCUGUCCCCGCGGGCCGUGAGCGUGGUCAGUGCGGUUUGCGUUCGCUGCUCGUCCUUCUGCAGGCUUGCUGCGUGCUCGUGAAGCUGCUCGGUGUUGGGCCUCUGCCAGACUGACAGUGACCGUCAGAGUGAUGUCUUCCAGUCAGUGAGGGACACUGUUUCACCUUGCUGUGUGUGUGCGUGUGUGUGUGUGUGUGUGUGUGUGUAUUUCAGAAGAAGGUGGUUCUAGAAAGAUGUAACACGGAAGGAGAGUCGAGUGCUUCCGCUUCCCUUUUCCUGCCGUGGCGGCCUCUGAGUCAAAUGUGCUGUUGAGUCAUUUGCACACUGUAAACCGUGAACUUGGCCGGGCCCCUUUGCAGGCAGCGUUCCCCGGGGCCGUUCGCUCGGUCAGCGCCCCGCUGGUGACUUUUGUAAGAGGUAUAAGCGGCUCAGGUGGAAUGAAAAUGAAGAACAGGGUCCUUUUCCUUCCGAGGCCGGUGGGGAUGGCACGCGGCAGCCCGUGGGCUCGGGCACCAGCGGGCGGAGCGGGCGCGGGAGGUCCAGGAGCCGCAGAGCCGCGCUCGGCCGGGAUGCGGAGGGGACCUGCGCGGGCCACGUCCCAGAGCCGCAUCCUAAGCCAGGCCAGGCCAGUGGGAGUUCCUGGCUCCCCAGCGUCCUGCCGAGCAUGCUCAGGGGCCACCUCGCGGCACUCGGCCUGACCGCCGAGAGCCCAGGCGUAGGCGGGUGUAGACGCGCACAGCUGUUCACUUUUCCUGGUGCUGUGGCCACAUUAGGGACCCAUCACAGGUGGGGCCCCCGCCUGCCCUAGAAGCACACGGCUCUCUCUCCUCACGCCGCCGUCGGCACAGUGAAUUUUAAGCGCACCUCAGAUCAGAUCGGCCCGGUCCUUCCGCCUCUGCCCUUCCCGCUGCUCUUCCCACGUGGUGAUGAGUGUCGCGUGGGGCCACGUCCCCCGCGCAGGCAAACCCUGGGGCGACACGGGGAUGAAAGCUUCCGCUUGGUAACUCUGGCUGAGGGAUAACUGCCAGGGUGUAGACGCGCACAGCUGUGUAGACGCGCACAGCCCAGAAUAAGCAGACACCCCAGGCUUCGAUGCUAGCCCGGACUUCUCAGACACACUAAGACACUUUACCUCCUGAGGACGCCCAGGCCCGGCCUUGCACACGGUGGGUCCUAGCGACACCCGGUCAUAGUGAGCGAGCCUUUGGCUAAAGACAGAGUUGUUUGUUUUGUAAGCAGGACCUGAACUAGUGGGGUUUUGUUAGCGAGUUCACCCGAGGAAAUCAGCCAGCGCCCGCCCCCCUGCCCAGUCACGUCGGUGUCCCUGAGUGGACACUGUUCGCUUGUAGGUGGACGUCAUUUAAAGCCUGCGCGUUAGGUUUCAGUAACAUAGAUUUCGAAACUCCGAAAAGUCUGCAUCCCCUUCCAACACCCUGCUGCCCCCUCCUUCCCCGGGGCAGGCGGGUCCCAGCUGUUCGGGCAUAUGCUGCUCGAGGAUGUUUCUCGGGGCCAGUCACCAUGAUUUUAUCCAACGUCGGUAAUAGUUAUUAAUGAACUUUAAAAUUUUUCUCUUUAAUUUCUCUUUUCUUUUUUUUCAACAUAGAAAUCUCUUUUGUUGGCGUUAUUCCUGAGACUUUUGCAUUUUCGGUCUUAUUUUGUUUUGAUAACAGUAUUUUUGUUUUGUUGUUGUUGUUGUUUUAUAAUAUUUUGUCUUUAUUGUUACGUUCGGAUUAGGAGUUACCUGUAUAAUUCUGGAAUGUACUUGGAGAUACUUCUUUGUUUAUGUUCCCUCUGUUCUCAGGAGAGAGAGAGCACGUGAAGCUACUAUCGCGUCAGGAUUUCUUCUAUUUAUAUCUUAUUACCAUAAAACCAGUGGCACUUUAUUCAUAAAUAUUCAUAAGCCUAUUAGUUGUCUUUCUAUAGUUUAAUCAACGUUAUUUUCAACUCGAUUUUCUGACUAGCGAAAAAGCUUUUACCCCGAGGUGUCAUGUAGCCUUUAAAAGAAUAGAAAAAGCACUAAAAUCCAAUUCAGAUUAUUUUUGCAGUAUUUUUCUCAGCAGGUUUGACUUGUUCUAAAAUUUAAAUGCAGACUUUUUCUAAUAUGGUAUUACAUGGAAAGGAAAAAGUGACUAUUUUGAAUUUUCGGUUUUCACUUUCAAAAAGUAUUUACCAAUGGAGAAAAGCAUUUAAAAGCAUAUUUCAUAUCUAUGAAUUUUACAUUUUAAAGUACUUACGUAUUAUAAAGUUAUUUUAAAUUGUCCCCAGUCUUUCCCCUCCCCCCGUGUGUAUUUUAGGUUUAACUUCUUGGAAGCUUUUUCCUCGUAUCACAGAUGAGGUAGAGGGGACAGGAAGGCCACACUCAUCACCGCCCGUCACCAAACACAGACAUGACGUGGGUGACUUUCUGUCGUUAGCCCCAGACCCAGCCAUGAGAUUUGGUGCACUUAACGCUUUUCUUUAGUACAGUUAGAGAAUUAACACUUUCGUUUCAGUACAUUUUUAGACUAUCAGUCAAAACCCUCUCUGAGCACCAAGUGGCUAGAUUGUGAAAGUUUUGUAAUAAUUUGCAACUGGAACACACGGCACACUUUAAUCCAUUAAAGACUAGUGGGAAUGUACCAGCCAGAGUAGCAAGUACUUUUUGUUUUUUAAGUCGGAGUAUCUGUCAUCUUGCAGUAUUACAUGCUGUUGUAAAUUGAAUUUAAAGUGGUAUUAAAAAAAAAAAAGAUCUGUUAAACAAUUUUUAUCUGUUUGUAUAUCUUAUUAUAGAUUAUGUACAAGUAACAUCUAAAUAAAAUUACACUUUUAACCCUAAAA